AUGGCAGACUCAGAAUCCACCGUUGCCCACAGCAAAGAACCAUCCUUCCUCGAGAAGAAAGAACCGGCCGAAAGCGUCAUGCCCUCUACAGCGCCGUCAAUGCGCGAACCAUCCGCCGAACCGUCAGCACUAGAAGAGAAAGAAGCGAAGGUCCAACCGGACGACAAAGCCGCAGAGCAGAAAUCCACAGCCAGCGCAUCCGACGACGACGAUGACGACGAUGAUUUCGAAUACCCCAAGGCGUGGAGGCUCGCAGUCAUCACGCUUGCGCUGUGUCUGUCCGUCUUCUGCAUGGCGUUGGACAACACCAUCAUCGCUACUGCCAUCCCCCGCAUAACAGAUCAAUUCAAAGCCCUAAACGACGUCGGCUGGUACGGAUCCAGCUACCUCCUCACCACCUGUGCGACCCAGCUUAUCUACGGCAAAUUCUACACCUUCUACUCCAUCAAAUGGGUCUACAUAUCCGCGCUCUUCAUCUUCGAGAUCGGAUCGCUGGUCUGCGGUGUCGCGCCGAACUCUACAGCUCUGAUCAUUGGACGAGCUGUGGCGGGUGUAGGAGCGGCGGGUAUCUUCAGCGGAGCGAUUCUCAUUGUUGCGAGCUCGGUACCGCUGAGACAACGCCCGACGUACAUGGGUGUGAUUGGCGGCAUGUACGGCAUCGCGAGUGUGGCCGGCCCGCUCAUGGGUGGCGCCUUCACAGACCACUUGAGCUGGAGGUGGUGCUUCUACAUCAACUUGCCCUUUGGAGCUGUUACCGCCGCUUUCAUCAUUCCGUUCUUCGAGGUCAAGCGCCGUGGUGUUAAGUUGGAUCUUCCGUGGAAGCAGCAGGUUGCGAAGUUCGAUCUGCACGGGACGGCGCUCUUCCUGCCGGCUAUCGUCUGCUUGCUUCUUGCGCUUCAGUGGGGAGGCAGCAAGUAUGAGUGGAAGAGUGGCCGCAUCAUCGCCCUUCUCGUCAUUUUUGCCGUACUUGCCACCGGCUUCGUUGUCAUUCAGUGGUGGAAGCAGGAGGAUGCUACCGUUCCUCCCCGUGUCUUCGCCAACCGGAAUGUCUGGGGCUCUGCUUGGUUCGGUGCCAUGCUCGGAGCCUCUUUCUUCGUUCUCGUCUACUAUCUCCCUAUCUGGUUCCAAGCCAUCAAAGGCGUCUCCGCCACAAAAUCCGGGAUAAUGAACCUCCCGGCUAUCUUGGGCCUGGUCAUCAUCUCCAUGCUCUGUGGCGGUCUCGUGACCGCCAUCGGCUACUACACGCCCUUCAUGCUGAUCUCCUCGGUCCUCAUGGCCAUCGGUGCCGGCCUGCUCUCGACCUUCGAAACCGACACCAACCACUCCAAAUGGAUCGGAUACCAGUUCAUCUUCGGCGCUGGCGUUGGCUUCGGCAUGCAACAAACGCUUGUUGCCGUGCAAACCGCGCUGCCCAAGGCCGACGUUGCCAUCGGAACCGCUAUAAUGAUGUUCAGCCAGACCCUCGGCGGUGCGCUGUUCAUCUCCGUCGGUCAGAACGUGUUUACGAAUCAGCUGAUCAAGAACUUGCAAACGGUGGUGCCCGGUCUGAAUCCCGCCAUCGUGCUCCAGGUCGGCGCGACGGAGCUCAAGAACCAGAUUGAGGAGAGAUUUCUGAGCGGCGUGCUGGUUGCGUACAAUCAGACGCUGACGCAGACGUUUUAUGUUAGUGUGGCCGCGGCCGCGAUGUCAAUCCUUGGCGCCGUGUUCGUUGAGUGGAAGUCGAUGAAGGGGAAGCAGAUACAGAUGGCUGCUGCUUGA